AACAAACUUCAAAUUGCAGCAAAAUAAAAUGCCGGGCGCGCAGAUGUACUCAUCAUUUGUCCGAAAUAAUAUGGUCCGCCGUGACCCGUGACCCGCAUGUGCGCCGAUAUCGCUGCGCGCGCCAAUAUUCAAAUUCUAAGUUUGAUUUUGUAAAUUUAUAAUCGUUUGUUUAUAUUUCAGCCCUCCCGCACGUAAUUCAAUAACUUGAAAAUUUUUAAUACUACAUUAUUCCUAGAUAAAGAAACGAAAAUUCAAAACUCGGUGAAUCGUUCGUCAAAUGCGAUUGAAUUACCGGGCUGUCACUUUGACAGUUAUAUACAAUUGAUAAUUAUUUGAGGUUAUAUGGUACAGAUAGCGUUUCACUUGUAAGCAUUGUUGUGCUUUAAAUCACGCAAGUAAUUUAUCACAAUGAAAGGCACUUGCAAGAAAAAACAUUGAAUUUCUGCAUAUAUUAAUCAGUUAUUCGAUUUCGCUAUUGUCUCAAAUCUAUAUCUGAUCAAAACGAACUUCAAAGGCGUUCGAAUCGAGCCGGUGUACUCGAAUUUGCAUUGAUUUCUUGCCGUAAAAAAAUAAAAACAUGACGACGAUAGCAUUUGUGCUGUUGGUUUUAAGUUAUUGUUGCAAAAUUCAUGCGUCUAUGGGAAACAAUGCUGAAGUUGAUCCUACGAGAACCUUAUUGUGGGGACCGGGAUUGAAUGCUGAAAAGAUUACAAUGCGGGCUAGAUAUUUUUUUUUGCAACUCUACGACUCUAGUGGAAAAAAUUUAACACGAUCUCCCGGAGACAAUGUUGUUUCUGUACAAAUAAAAGGACAAACGGAACACAAUCACGCCUGUCACAUUUGGACUCAAGUAUUAGAUUGCAAUGAUGGUAGCUUUAUUAUCCGUUACAAAAUUCAUAAUACUUGUUAUGACCUUCGCAUAAAUGUUAAAGUGAAAAAUCAAGAUAUAAAUCUGCCGAAACCUGUUUUCAGGGGUCCUGUUUUUGAAGAAGACUGCUAUUGUCCCAGUCCUGUAUUAGAAACAUGGCUAAAAGACUACGAAUGCUCUCAAAAUUACCAACAAAUUGACAAUGAUUUGAAGCUCUUUCCCAAAGUUGAUUUUGGAAAAAUAAGAAAUGAGCUCAUUGAAGAGUAUAACAAACCGAACAGCGUCAGUAUUUGCCAUUACGUUGUCAAGAAUAACAAGAUCUACAGGAAAUGUUACGGUCAACACGUUGGUUUCAAGAUAUUUAUGGAUUCCACUCUGUUGUCUCUGGCUCGAAAAGUGGUGUUACCGGAUGUGGAGUUUUUUAUGAAUUUAGGUGACUGGCCAUUAGUGCCAAAUAAAAAAAAAUUGUACCCAAUAUUUUCGUGGUGUGGCUCGAACGAAACACGCGACAUCGUGUUACCUACUUACGAUAUCACUGAAUCCUCCAUAGAAAAUAUGGGAAGAGUAAUGCUGGAUAUGUUAUCGGUCCAAGGAAACACGAAAACUCCAUGGGAAAAAAAAAUUCAAAAAUUAUUCUGGCGAGGGCGUGAUUCACGAAGAGAAAGACUCGAUCUGAUCGACAUAUCAAGAAAACAUCCUGAUCUUUUCAACACGUCGAUCACAAAUUUUUUCUUUUUCAAAGAUGAAAUAGAAAAAUACGGUCCUGGAGUGCCUCACGUUUCUUUCUUCAAGUUUUUCCAGUUCAAGUAUCAAUUAAGCAUUGAUGGCACAGUGGCAGCUUAUCGAUUCCCAUAUUUGCUCGCUGGUGAUUCCCUAGUGAUGAAACAAGACUCCAAAUAUUACGAGUAUUUCUACAACCAGAUAGCAGCCGGCGAACAUUACAUUGCUGUUAAACAAGAUCUUUCGGAUUUAGUUGAGAAAAUUUUAUGGGCCCAAGAGAACGAUGAAGAAGCUGAAAAAAUUGCAAAAGCUGGACGGAAUGCGAUGAGAGAUUUGGCACUCCCUCGCGACGUCUUUUGCUAUCACGUUACUUUGCUACGAGAAUGGAGAAAACGCCUCAGCACCGAAGUACGAGUAUUGGAUGGCAUGGAGGAAGUACCACAGUCCGAUUACUCCUGUAAGUGUCACAGAAUGUUGAAGACUGAAUUUACGAAAUCCAAAGAAGAUUUAUAGUGGUUUUAAGUAAAUAUUAUCGAGCGACAAUAAACGCAGCAUCGAACAUCCAAAGUAAAUGUAUACAUACGUA